AUGGCUAUUGAAAACGAAGACAGAAAUAUGGCAAUCCUUCUUUUUAACCACGGCACUAUCUUCGACAUUUGCCAAUCGCGGUGUUCGAAUUUGCUAUUAUUAGAGGAAUUUUUUGAAAUAAUGCUAAGUGAGGGUAAGAUCAACGUUAACGAUACCAUUGAAGCUGAAUUUAAUUUCAAUUGGUUAACCUAUGAGAGAAGCGUCCAGCCACUCCAUGAAGCAGUCUUUGCUGCACGUUUCAAUUUAGUGAAGAAACUAGUUAACCUAGGAGCAAACGUUAACAAGGAAUUAGAAUCGAGGCGAACCCCUUUGCACUUAGCACUAAUGAGUCCAAGGAAUGAAUUCAAAUCAAAUAUCACUAAAAUUCUCCUUGAUUGUGGAUCUGAUGUUAAUGCUGUAGAUUACGAGGAUUAUACACCAAUAUUCUAUGCAGAAACUGAUACACUGUUGGAAAUACUUAUAGUUAGAGGAGCGAAUCUGAACCACUAUUCACAUAUUAAUGAUUGCACUCCUCUUUCAAACAUGAUUUCGAAACGUUUAUCUAAAUGUGUAGAAGUUCUGUUGUGGCAUGGAGCCGAAGUGAAUAAGAGAGAAUCUGAUGAAAGAGCCAUUCUAGAGAGAAAUUUAUGUUGA